AGAAUUUUUAAAAAUAAAAAUGACGUGGAAAAAGUAUUGGGCAGAGUUUUGAAGUUUUGGAGCUUCAUUCUCAUUUUUUCAGAAUUUGAAUCUGAUGCAAGGUGAGAGAGAGAAGCGAAGCUGUGAAGAAGAGAGAACGGGAACCUUAGAGAGAGUCCCACUUCCUCUCAUCCCAGAUCGACCAAUGCGAUAGUCUCUCGAACUCCCUCCUCCUCUUCAACAAGAUCGGCGACGUCAAAGCCCUAGGCCGUUGCUGCGUCGUUUCUCGCCGCUUCCACUUCCUCGUACCUCAGGUCGAAAACGUCGUCGUCUGCGUCGACUGCGUCAUCUCCGACGACGACUCUUCCUCCUCCUCCACGGCCUCCGACAAGUCCCGCGACCCUUUUUGGAACCUCCUCCGCCUCGUUUUUGGCAGAAUCAUUAAGCCCAUCCAAACCCUCGGCCAGUUUUCUUGUUUAGUUUUCUCUUGAAGUUUCGAAGUCAAGUAAAAUGGGUUAUCUUCAAUUUGGAAGACAUGGUGUUAGGAAGAUUAUUAGAUCUAGAGAUAUCAGUUAUGAUAAUGUUGUGGUAAACCCACUCCUGUUUGCUUCCCAAGGGUUUCGUUACAAGAGGAAGCUCCAAGUCAUCCUUACAACUGACAUAGAUAAGCUGGGAAAGGCAGGUGAUACUGUCAAAGUUGCCCCUGGAUAUUUUCGCAAUCACCUAAUGCCUAAGCUCCUUGCUUUCCCUAACAGUGAUAAGUUUGCUUAUCUUCUCAACGAGCAGCGCAAGGUGUUUUUUUUUUUUAAGGUGGCGAGACAACUCUGCGUGAACAUUGCAGCCGAUAACCUGCAUCUUCCAUUACCUUUAUCGACGUUGGGAGAAUAUGAGGUGCCACUGCGAUUACCAAUAUCCAUCCCCCUGCCAGAGGGCAAGGCUAAUUGGAGUUUGAAAGUUAAAAUCAGGAGUAAAUAAAUCAUUGUAGAAUUCCGUUCACAGGGAUGACAUUAUUGUUUUGUGCUGUCAAAUCGAACCUGGGAUUAAAAGAGUUUGACGUGUUUUUAUUUAUAGAAAACAUAAAUGUUGACACAUUUAACAAUGUUGUGUUAAUUGAAUAAGUGUUGUGAUUUUCUUUUCGUGUGAA